AUGUCCCGAUAUUACCCGCCUGUCUGUACUCUACAACAGCAUCAAGAUUGUUAUUUACCGAGAAAAGCACAAAUAUUGGAGCUUGUACGCAAGACGUGCGUUUGCCCAGUUCCAUGUAAAUCUUUACUGUUUGAGCCAACAAUUUCUUACGCCACAAUAUCGACGUACGCCGCUGAAUCCCUGUUGUCUCGCAUCCUGGAUAGUGGUGUCCAAGAAAAAUUCAUUCGAGCCAGAGAAGUUACCAACCGCAUACAACUCAAAGUCUUCAAAACAACGAGGGAUUUGUUAAUCAACCUUGAAAACAGUUUUCGUCCAGUGAAAUCUUUCUUUGAUGUCGAUCUCGCUAAUCGUAUCAACAGCCAAAUUGAAAUCAUUAGCAAUUUGUAUAACACCACCAAAGAACAAUGGGCGCUAAAAGAGCAUCUGAAUAAAUACCAGAUAUACGUCACCGAGAAAUGUUUCAUUCGUUUAAGAGAAGGUAUGGAAGAAAGGACACUGAGAUAUAUAUGCUUCGAUUUUAUCAGCUUCAUUUCUCGAAUGGAAGAGCAGAUUAGGAGUCUCGUCAAGCCAGAAAUCAUUGACAAAAACCUUACUGAUAUGAUCUACUUUCUAAUUAAUAGGGAUUCUAAGGAAUAUAUGAAUAAAAAUGUGAAAGCUCUUCAAAAUUUUACUGAAUUAAUGGGAGCUUUUGCAAAUGGAACACUACUUUUCCAUUAUAAAUAUUUGAAUAUUCCCAUGUGGCAUAACAAAUAUAUUGUACCGCGACAGCUUUUCAACAGGUCAAUCACUUAUUCCUCUAACUCAAUAAAUCAUUGUCACAUGGUUUCAAAAUAUAUCAAUAAAAUUAGGGAAUAUAUCGAAGACUACAUGAAAAUAGCGAACGACACUUACCAAACGGGUAAAUUGAAUAUGAGUAGGUUAGACAUUAUAUCUUACCGUUAUGCCAAGGCCUGCAGAGGGUUCAAUUUCCGUAAAAGCGCAUGCUAUUAUUUCUGUAUCGACUGGGCUUUAGAAGAAGUGAAGAAGAAAGAAGUAGACUUUCAAAUGCUUUGGAAUGAUUACGAAAAUGUCGCCAAUGAUAUAAUGCUUAAUCUAAAUAACGUCAACUCCUUACUUUCUUCUGUUCAGGCGAACAUAAUCGCAGAUUUGGAUGCCGGUAUUAAGUUAGCAAACGAUUACUUAAACGAUACAAUCUCCAAGAGACGAUUAGCUUCCAUGUUAAGUUCACAGAAAACUAACGAAGAUGUGAACAACUUAAAGGCCUUCUUUAGCGAAGUUCGAUCCCGAGGAACAUUGCUCUAUGACAACUGGAAAAAAUUGUCGCAAGCUUCCGUUGCCAUUUGGAAGUCUAUUUUCACGGAUGAAGACUGCUUUGAAUAUUACAACUUUGCUAAUAUAACGCAGUUCCAGGAAAAUCCGGACGAUAAGAUAAACGAAAUAGAACGAACUCACGAGGACGUCCGGAAUGUGUACGACUUUCGUCAUCUCAUUGGAAACAAGGAUCGAGAUUUAUUUCAAGCCCUGGAAAAUAUUAUUCAAGUUAUGAAUGCUUAUAAAGAAUCUUUGAAAAUCGAUGACAAAUUUUUGAGAAAAAACAUUUUAGAGCUGGCUGUGUUUUACCGCCAACUAAGCUACGAAGAAAUGAGACACCAAAUUGCUUACAAUUUCUUUUCACUUCUCUGUGACAUUGGAGGAUCUAUGGGUCUUUUUCUUGGAGCUAGUGUUCUGACAAUUUUUGAAAUUGGUGAGUUUUUCUUUGGCCAGACUGUGAGGGCUGCGUUCCAAGUUCGUGGUUCCAGAAAAUUACAAUGAUA